AUGCAGCAGAUCAAGCAUAUUCGUAUUCGAGAGCAAGGUGCCCAGCAGCGCACCUUUCAUGCCUUCGAACUGUUUGGCACCUUCAUGCUUGGCAUUAUGGCUCAUGAGCUGAAGCCCGUGAUGCCCACGGCAGUUGGUGUGCUUCCAGAGAGAAGAUGGACCAACCCAAAGGGUGUCACCAACCAGACGAAAAAUGUGAUGCUCGUGCGAGAUACCCACUUGCUCUUCGCAGCCUUGGGGGCUCUUCAGCUCCUGGCUAAGAAGGCGGAUGUUUGGGAUGAAGGCAUUGAGCAAUUGUUCAAGGACAACACCGCCAUCGUUACGGAGCAGGAUGACAACAGGCGAAAAAGAGAGGAGCUGCUGGAACAGCUUGUCCGUGUCGUUGCCAAAGUGGAGGUGAUUCAGUUUGGAUUUGCGAAGACAGAAGAAUCAGUGGCUCGAGUGGAGGGUGCGAUGACGCACUAUAAGCAAGUACAGCAAGAAAGAUAUGACCAGAUGCUUGCUAGUGCAGACAUGCUGAAGAACAAAUCCAUUGAGCAGGAUUUGAGCAUAGCAGCAUUCCAGGAGGACUUCCGUGCAGCAGUCGAUCGCGAGGCACGGGCAGACCUCACAGAAAAGCGAAAGCAGACUGAGGCGGAGCUGGAGGUGCAGUUAGUGAAGCGGAGCAUAGAAAAGCUCAGGUGGGAGGAAGAGCAGAAGACCAUCACUCUCCGUGGAGAGGAGGAGCGGAAAAAGGAUGAGUACAGUACGCAGAAGCACCACGAGCGGGUUGCAUUUGAAACGGCGCAGAAGAAGGCCGCGGAUCUGGAGCUUCUUAGCCAACAGGAGGAGUCAAACCUCCGGCAGCAACAGCAGAAGCACAAAGAUGAGAAGGAGCUGUUGGAACUUCGCCUCAAGUCUGAUGAGCGCCGAGCAGAGAUAGGGCUGCAGGAGGCCGUUGAGAGGGCCAAAAUUGAGGAGGAAGGCAAGAUCAAAGCAGCCAGAGAGAACGAGGAUGUUAACACCCGGAUGAUGCAAGCAGAGCAGGCGGAGAAGCGAGCCCAGAUGCUCGCGGCGAUACAGGCAACAGCUGAAGUGGCAUCGGACUGGGUUCACACGGUCUUCAGUUCAGCGACCAAUCUGGCUCUCCUGAUUGGGUCCAUUGUGACAUGUCUUGGUGGUAUCUAUUUGGUGCGGGAGAUGGCAAUCCUGUUGAGAGAACAGCUCAACAAGCGAUUGGGCAGGCCAUCUUUGGUUCGGAUGACCAACAGACGGGGCACAAUGCAACAAGUUGGCAUUGGGCUUCUCAGACUGUUGAGGCUGAGACCGCCUCAUGGAGCGGAAUUCAAUGAUGUAGUGCUGCACCCUAGACUGCGACAGCAGGUGAUGCGUUUAGCAGAUGCAACAUCGUCUGCCAAGAAGCGCAGAAUGCCUCUGCAGCAUGCCAUGUUCUAUGGCCCGCCGGGCACGGGCAAGACCAUGGUGGCCCAGCGUUUUGCUGAAUACUCAGGCCUUGAGUAUGCCAUCAUGUCUGGCGGCGAUGUCGCGCCUCUGGAAGAGCAAGCUGUGACAGAGCUGCACAAGCUCUUCAGGUGGGUUCACAGAAGUAGCAGAGGAGUGCUUCUGUUCAUCGACGAGGCUGAUGCAUUUUUGGCAUCCCGGAAAAACACAGGGAUGAGCGAGACCAUGCGCAAUGCUCUCACAACGAUGCUCUACCAUACAGGCACCCCAUCUUCCCAAUUUAUGCUCGUCAUUGCAACCAAUAGGCCGCAUGACUUAGAUAGCGCCAUUCUGGACCGGUUGGAUGAGAGUGUGGAGUUUGGCUUGCCUGACAUCGAUGCCCGGAAGGGAAUGGUUCAGCUGUACUAUGACAAGUACAUAGCAAAGCCGCUGAGACUUCCGACAGUUAGCGCAGCAACCACUAUGCUACGGAAGCCUCCGCGGGAGGCCUAA